AUGAGUUACAAAGUAGAUGGAUAUAGCGCCAGACACACAGACAGAUGUGAGCGGUUAGUAUGUAUGAGCGAGCACACGAUGCUGGCGGUGGGGCUGGCGCUGCUGCAGGCGGCGGCGUGCCUGGACGUGCGCGUGGAGGGCGACCUGGCGCUGGAGCUGCACCUCGCCAACGAGAGCCGGGGCCGCCCGCGCUGGUUCCGCGUCGGCUGGGAGGCGCCCGCCAGCCAGGCGCACGACCUGGCGCUCAAGCUGCUGCAGACCAACCUCAACAUGACCGCGGCGCCGGAGGUCGAGUGCCUCUACCAGUACCCCGAGAAGGAACAAGUCAACGCGCUGCUCAGCAACAUGAUGAACGAGCUCACUAAGGUGUUCGUACGAGCCAAUGACUUUAUAAACGGCGUGGAGACGCGGCGCAAGGGGGAGAGCCAGCAGGAAGAAGACAGUUCGAAGGGAGACAGCCACGAGGAAGAAGACAGUUCGAAGGGUCAUUACAAGGGGGACAAGCUAAAGAAAUACUCUAAAAAAGAAGUCACUCCAGAUAUGAAAAAAGGUGCGAAAAAGGGAGGCAAGAAAGAUAUUAUUAAAAACGAUGAGUCAAAAGAAAACGAGACGAGUGCAGUGACGCGUGCGGGGGACAGGCGGUUUAAGGUGGUCCACAAGAAGCAGAAAGAGUUUUUUGAGCUUAUCUACACCAACAUGACUGAAGAAUACAGGAAGUUCUCUGCGUGGGCGGCGGAGCGCGUGCAGCGCGCCGGGCGCGACGCGUGCGCGCACCAGGAGGAGGUGAAGCAGCUGUGGCGCGAGCUGCUGGCGCACGCGCUGCGCACGCUGGGCGCGGCGGCGCGGCGCACGGUGGCGGCGCAGCUGCGCGCGCGCCCGCACGCGCCGGGGCUGCGCGCGCGCCUCGACCAGUUCCUGGAGCACGACCUGGGCAAGGUGCGCGCCGCGCAGCUCGGCAUGCUCUGCGACACCUACCAGCUCUGUUACAACGAUCUGCUCUGA